AUGGUGUUCUUGCCAGAGCUGAGGGACCGGACAUUUGAGGAAAUCGACGAGAUGUUUCUCGCACGACUACCGGCCAGCAAAUUCCGAACGUAUGGCCGUACUGGUAUUGGCAUUACCCCUGACGUCCAGAACGAGGUUGAACACAUUCGCCACAUUGUCGUUGUCAACGAAGACAAGGAAAAGGCCAGAGUCCCUCCUUCGAACUCAGUCGCUACUCCGAACUAG